AUGCCUUUAGCUAAAGACUUGCUUCAUCCUACUGCAAUCGAAGAACGCAGGAAACACAAAUUAAAGCGCCUUGUCCAACACCCAAACUCUUUUUUCAUGGAUGUAAAAUGCCCUGGAUGUUAUAAAAUUACAACUGUAUUCAGUCACGCUCAGAGCGUAGUUAUAUGUACCGGAUGUUCCACAAUUUUAUGUCAGCCCACUGGAGGACGAGCUAGACUAACUGAAGGUUGUUCUUUCAGGAAGAAAGCUUACUAA